AAUUACAGCUAUAAAAGUUACACCAGAUCAGUAUCAGUCACAGCUGACAACGUUGAAAGUUUUUUAAAUGCAGCAGAUCAGUUCAAUGUCAUGGGCAUAGUCAGGCUGUGCUGCAAGACCUUAAAAUCCCAGCUAUGCUUGAAAAAUUGCACUGGCAUCUGAAAACUCACAGAUUAUUACCAAUGUAAUGACCUGCAAGAAGCAGCUUAUGUGUUCACCCUCCAUUGUUUGGAGAUGACCAAGGUGUCUAUGGAGUUUCUAGACUCCUCCAUCAACAUUAUUGAGAAGGAUGAGCUCAAUGUGAAACAAGAUGUCAUGGUCAAGGCUAUUCUGAAACAGAUUGCUCAUGACCCACAGAACAGGAGGCAGCACACUGCAGUCUUGCAGGGCAAGGUCAGUCUGGCACUGAUCCAAGCAGAAUACUUCACGACCAAUGUCAAAGCGCAUGACUAUGUGAAGGACAAUAAGGAGUGCAAAGCUCUCAUCAUAAACAUGCCGACAGAAAUGUACAACCUAAAUAUGCACAGCCCAUCUUAUUCUGAUUUCGCCAGCCCACUCAGUCAGCCUCGCCUGCACUAUGCCAUCUUGUUUGCUAUCAGAGGGUGCAGCAAGGGAACCUCAACCAAUGCCAUUAAGACAUAUACUGCCAAUGCAGAGCAGUGAGCAAAUGCCACACGUGAGGAAGAAAGCCCCCUUGCCUGUCACAACCUUCCUUAUUUAGAAGUCUUUGUCUACAUUAUCAGAGGAUUUGACAGUGUGAAUUAUUUCAUCAGCAUCCAGCGGCGUGACACACUUAAGAAAACAUGGCAGCAUCGCUCUUAA